AUGAAUCCUGAUCUUAAUAAUAGUAACAAUACAUCAAAUAGCACUCCUGCUUCAGAUGCAAGCAGUAAUCAUUCGAAAAUUAAACCGAAAAAGGUGCUUGGGAAUUAUACUUUGUCAAAGACAUUAGGUGCUGGCAGUAUGGGAAAAGUUAAAUUGGCAAUACAUUCGCUGAGUAAUGAAAAGGUUUAUAAAGAUUCGUCCAACAAAGACGAAAACAAAGAAACUAGAACUAUUCGUGAAGCAGCAAUUAUGUUGCUUUUGUAUCAUCCAUAUAUAGUUCAACUUAAAGAUGUUAUGGUACUACAACAUCAUUAUUACAUGUUUUUUGAAUAUGUUAACGGUGGUCAGAUGUUGGAUUAUAUAAUCAGUCAUGGAAAAUUAAAAGAGAAACACGCAAGAAAAUUCGCAAGACAAAUAGCUAGUGCAUUAGAUUAUUGUCAUCGAAAUUCAAUUGUACACAGAGAUUUAAAAAUCGAAAAUAUACUCAUAUCAAAAUCUGGUUCAAUUAAAAUUAUUGAUUUUGGAUUGUCGAAUCUUUAUUCUCCACGUUCUCAUCUUUCAACAUUCUGUGGCUCAUUGUAUUUUGCUGCUCCAGAAUUAUUAAAUGCAAAAUUAUACACUGGUCCUGAAGUCGAUGUAUGGAGCUUUGGGAUUGUUUUAUAUGUUCUUGUUUGUGGUAAAGUACCUUUUGAUGAUCAAAGUAUGCCUGCUUUACAUGCAAAAAUCAAAAAGGGCGUAGUUGAGUAUCCUGGAUGGUUGGGUAGUGAUUGUAAACAUCUUUUAUCAAGAAUGUUAGUUGCAAAUCCACUUCAUCGUGCUUCGUUAGCAGAAGUUAUGAAUCAUCCUUGGAUGAAUAAAGGUCACGAAGGUCCACUUGAAAAUUUUUUACCUCCACGUAAUCCAUUAAGUCUUCCACUCGAUAUGGAGGUAAUUCGGGGCAUGACUGGCUUUGAAUUUGGUACAGAACAAGAAAUUAAAAUGCGCCUUGAAAAUAUUAUAAAAAGUGAAUCAUACCAAAAUUCGAUAAAAAACUUUAUAUAUCCAACACAUAUAAGUGGUGCUAGUAGCAGUAACAGAACCUUUACAGCCGAUCCUACUCAAGCUGUUCAUCCAUUGAUCUCAAUUUAUUACCUUGUAAAGGAAAAACUUGAAAGGGAACGUUUGAUUCAACAGGGUUUUAUACCUCAAUUUGGUUCAUCAUCAUCAUCACUUGUAGAACAAAAUAGUUUACAAACGCCUCAUAUUCCUUUACCAGAUCCAUCAUAUCCAAGUGAAACUGGAUUUGAUAUAAACAUGAACAGUUCAUCUGCUUCCGGAAAUAGUUCAUCUGCUGUUCCCAUAAGAAGAGCUACUGUUCCAUCUGGGGCUAGACCUCGUUCAAGGACAAAUGGAGAAGUUGAUUUUAACAUUGGACCAAUUCCACCGGUGAUAGUUGAAAGAGAAGUUAUUGAAGAAAAUCCAGAUGACGGUGAGUUAUCUUACGCUAAAAAGGGUAAGAAUCAACAUUCAAACACAAAUGCUGGUGGUGUUGGACUAAUUCGACGUUUGAGUUUAGCAAUAGUUGGUCAACGUGAAACUACUUCCCCCCAAACAUCUCCGAUUUCACCAAUAUUCGCAGUUUCGAGAGGCCAAUCUGAACAUAGACGUCAUGGCUCUACACCAACCGGUGUCAAAAAAGAAGGAGUCAUAAAUAUUCCUCAGAGAUUUUCGAAUAUUUUAUCAAGAACAACAUCUGUACCUGAAACUGAUUAUUAUCAAUCUCGCCCUCUUCCCGUUAGUGUUUUACCACAAUUAAUCGAACCAUCCUCAAAUAAUACCACAGCAAUUUCUGAUAGGAUCACUUUUGCACCUGGUACUUACACAUCAUCUAAAUCAAAUACUGCACCUAACUCUUCGGCACGUUUUACUCAUGGUCGUAGUACCUCUACAAACGAUUUCAACUUUCCACCUUCAUCAUCACCACAUACACCUUUGCCUGGUGGAACUGCUGAUUCAUGGAUUCGCCCUGUAUAUCUUAAAGGUUUAUUUAGCGUAGCAACGACUUCCACAAAACCACCGUCAAUAAUUCGACAAGAUCUUAUUAAAGUUCUUGAAAGAAUUGGUGUGAAAUGGAGAGAAGGUCGCGGGGGUUUUGAAUGUGUUCACAUUCCAAGUAUUGAUUUAAAAUCAGUAAUCACAACUAAUUAUGGUGGAAAUAAUAGUAAUAAUGGCAUUGGAAAAAACGAUAAUCCCUAUAUUACCACAAAUUAUAGUGGUGGAGGCGGCAUUAAUACAACUAGUCAUCACCAUACACAUUUUAAUCGUCAUGAGCGAAGAGGUAGUCUUUCUUCAGGAAAUUCAGGUGCAUCCACUUCAUCAUCAACAUCCUACAAAGAUAGUUACGCACAAGGUCAAGAUCUUCAGUUUUCUGCAGAUGGAGAAGUUAGACUUUCGUUAUCUUCUAACGCGGGAGCUACAAAUCAAUUAGCUUCUGCAAAUGUAUCGGAUUUAGUUGUUAGAUUUGAAAUAUUCAUUGUUAAAGUACCAUUAUUGCUUGGUGUACAUGGUUUACAAUUUCGUAGAGUUGCUGGUGAUCCAUGGCAAUAUAAAAAUAUGUGUUCAAAAAUUUUAGGAGAAUUAAAAUUGUAG